AUGCUUUCUCCAAAUAUCUCGAGGGAUUUGACUGGUUGCUCUGAGUUUGGAAACAGACCUUGUCCAGAGAGCUUUAGGUCAGCAGGAGUACAAGAGGUACUGUAUCUAUUCAUAACAGCAGUCUUCAUUCUUACCAUCUUAGGGAAUCUGGCCAUAAUCAUUUCCAUCUCGUAUUUCAAGCAGCUUCAUUCUCCAACCAAUUUCCUCAUCUUAUCCAUGGCGGGCACAGAUUUCCUUCUGGGCUUUGCCAUUAUGCCCUACAGCAUGGUGAGGUCUGUAGAGAAAUGCUGGGUUUUUGGGAUUAUAUUCUGCAAAGUUCAUUACAGUUUUGACUUGAUGCUCUGUUUAGCUUCCAUUUUCCAUCUUUGUUCCAUUGCUGUGGAUCGAUUUUAUGCAAUCUGCCACCCUCUGCAUUACACCAGCACUAUGACUGUUACAGCCAUAAAACAAAUUGUAGUAGUCUGCUGGUCAGUGCCUGCUGCUUUUGCUUUUUGUGUGGUUUUCUCGGAAGUUUAUGCUUCUGGAAUUGAGGGCUAUGAAAAGCUAGUUAAAUGCUUGAGCUCGUGCCCUAUUGUGUUCAACAAACUGUGGGGGGCUUUUUUAUUUACAGUUGGUUUCUUGGCUCCUGUUUGCAUUAUGAUAGGAAUUUAUGUUAAAGUUUUUACAGUCUCCCAAAAGCAAGUCAGGAUGAUAAACAACAUGAGUAGGAGUAUUGUGUCUCAGCUACAUAAAGGGGCAUCCAAGAACAAAAGGAAAGCAGCAAAGACUAUUGGUGUAGAUGUAGGAGUCCAUAUCUUGUGUUUGUUGCCUUUUUCUAUUGACACAAUCACAGUCAGACUUCUGGAUUUCAUUACCCCUCCAGCUCUGUUUUUCCUAAUUUCGUUUGCUUACUUCAGUUCGGUCUGCAAUCCUAUACUGUGUAUUUAUGUAUUUUCCUACCAUUGGUUCAGGAAAGCUGUGAAACUUGUCUUACUUGUUGGAUCUUUCUUAAAAUCUUUGUUCAGCAGUGAGUUACAUGGGCUGCGGCUGCCGGAGCUGCCCCUCUCCCCCCGGACGCCCCCGGGCCCACCAGUAGCGGGGUCCCCUCGCAGGCUCUGCCGGUGCCGCCCCGACCCCGGCCCCGGCCCGCCCUGCUCUGGCACCGGCCAGGCAGGAUCGCACCUCCCCUCGCCGUCACGGCGGGGCGGGCCGGGCCGGGUCCUCCCCGCCCCUCCACGCCCUGCAGCCGCCACCGCCCCCGCCGCGCCCCUGCGAGCCGGUUCGCCGGGGCCGGGUAAGAGCAGCCGGAGCCCCUCAGGGGUGUGGGGGGUUUUCGCUGUCCGCCCGCCCGCCGGGGAAAGGGUGACCAGGGUGGUGUUCGGCCAGCCCCCGGGGAAGGGGCUGCCAGGCACGGGGAGCCCGUCAGAGGGCGGCGGGAAGGGCUGUAGCCGCCCGCGGGCCCUCGCUGGGUUCGGGGCCGGUGCCCGGCCCUGGGGCGAGCGGGGCGGCUGCGGGCGGGACGCGGGUGCCGGCGGUGGAGGAGCCGGGGCCUCGGCGGGGGCGGUGUUGGAGCGCUGUGGGUCGUGA